CCAACUAGCACGUGACGACGUCGUGUGGUGACGUCAGCUGCUCUCGACCCAGUUGUUCAGUCUGAGUGCGGAGCCCGGAGGAGGAGGAGGGAGAGUUUAUAUCGGAGGCUACCCUGAAAUAAACACAGUCAAGAUUCUUCUAUCAGCUCAGUGACCCUCCACCCACACCAUGUCCCAGGAUAAAAGUGGAUACCCUGGUAUGGGUGAGACCAACCCACUUCAUAACAACGUCUACGGACCCCCCCAGCCAGGUUUUGGUAUGCCUCCUCCUAACUACAGCCAAGCUCCAGGGGGGCCAUACCCACCAGCAGCCGGCUACGGACAGCCAGGCUUCCCCCAGGCAGGCCCAGGUUUUGCCCCAGGUCCCUACCCUCAGAUGCCCUAUCCACAGGGGCCCUACCCACAGGGACCCUACCCUCAGGGGCCUUACCAGCAGCCAGGCUUUGCUGGGGACCCCAUGGCUCCUGCAGGCAGCCCUGGCUACCAUGGCGACGGGCCUCCAUCUUACUAUGACAAUGACGAGUUCACCAACUCUGGUUUUGAGGACAAGAACAUACGACAAGCCUUCAUCAGAAAAGUCUUCAUGGUUCUAACGGUGCAGCUGCUCGUCACUUUCUCUUUCGUUGCUGUCUUCACCUUCGUCGAUGAUGCCAAACUGUUCGUGCGGCGUAAUCCCUGGACGUACUACGUGUCCUAUGCAAUCUUCUUCGUUGCUCUGAUUGUCCUCAGCUGCUGUGGAGACUUUCGCCGCAAGCAUCCCUGGAACCUCGUUGCUCUGUCCAUCCUGACCCUGAGCCUCUCCUACAUGGUGGGCAUGAUCGCCAGCUUCUAUGACACAGAGACCGUCAUCAUGGCUGUGGGCAUUACUGCAGUGGUUUGCUUUACCGUCGUCCUCUUCUCACUACAGAGCAAAUAUGAUUUCACUUCCUGUCGGGGUGUGCUGUUUGUGUGCCUGAUUGUGCUGUUGCUCUUCUCCAUACUGUGCAUCUUCAUUCGCCACAGGAUCCUGCACAUCGUCUAUGCCUCCCUGGGGGCCCUGCUCUUCACCUGCUUCUUGGCUGUAGACACUCAGCUGCUCCUGGGUAACAAGAAGUUGGCCCUGAGUCCAGAGGAAUACAUUUUUGCCGCCCUCAACCUCUACACUGAUAUCAUCAACAUUUUCCUCUACAUCCUCUCUAUCGUUGGACGCUCCCGUGAAUAAAGCUCCACCUUUGAAUGAACAGGAGGGAGAUACAGAAGCCUCCCUGUGUCAUAAGAUUCUGCUAAGAACCCUAUUUCUUUUCCUUUAACCUUUUUUUCCACAAAAUUGAUUUUUUUAAACGUGUUGUGAAGAAGAUGCAGUAUGUCAUAGAAGCAGCUAAGAGGGUCACUGUUUAUUGAACACAAAUCUUUGCCGGUAGUGACAAAGCAUUAAAGUGUCUUUUCCUCAGUUUAGACCACUCUGGUUGCUGUAACUGUCCUCUGCUUCUAACACAUUAUGUGUACAUUACCCACCCUCUAACUUCCAGUUUGGCUCAGCACAUGCAGUAUUAAACACGUUACCCUGUGGGUGCUUGGCACUCUGCCUUGUCUUGCUGCAAAGAUAAGAAAAGCUGCAAAGAACAGAAAAAGAGCAGAGAAGGUGUCAGCAGCGCUUGAUAUUGAUGUAAACCAGCUUUGCCUGAAGAGAAGAAGUUAGUGCUAGAAAUACACACCACCUUCAAUCUGUGUAUUUUCCCCUACUUAACCACCCUUUCAGCCUGCUGGUGUAAACUAACUGCAUGGCAACUUUUGGAAACACAACUAAAGAUGUGUUAAAGUUAUUUACAACUACCAGAGGAAUACCUCGAGCUUGCUUGUCACAGCUGUAAAUAGUUAGGUGUAUUACUGUAUAUGAUGCCAAUACCCCUGCCCCUGAGAGGCAUGCUGGGGUGAUUUAUAUGGAUGUGUUGCUAUUUGGGAGAAAUAUGCUCUGAUAUCAGAACUUUGCUUACCCAGUACAGUAACCAUGAUCUUUUAAUGGCAAAAGAAUGAACUUAAAUGUUGGAUGUAUAAGACACAUGAAGCUAUAUAUAUUCUUACAGAAUAUCUUUUCAGAAGACAGGAAAAUUUUCUUGAAUUUUUUAUUUGACUCUGUUACCUCCUCUCUUAUUUUACUGUCCUCACUAAAAUCAAGGCAUCUGGUAAUUAAUGUGAAGUGACAAUUUAGUGUAGUCUUUCCCCUCUUUACCACUAAUGUGAAAUAUUAAAGUACUGGAAUUUUUAACCACUAUCAUGUAAGCUACGCUGAGUUUUAACUGCUGACACUCCAGACUUGAAGGAAAGUGUACGUAUAACUUAUCUAUUUAUUGAGACUGAUGUAGAUAAAAGGUUGUUUUUAAGUUGCACAGAGCCAGUGUUGAAAUAAAUGUUGACCUGUGUGGAAAAAAUGUACAAAAACUAAAUUUAUCAUGUUAAUCUUAACUUACUGGGUGCACUCCAACUCAACUUAGUAAUACAUAAACUCAAAUCCAAAACACAUGAAAACUAAAUUGUAUGAUACAUUGAACACGAACCUUAAUUUUGUAACCUCUUAUUUGAUUUUUCACCUUUUGCAUGAACCUCUCCAUUUUUUUUGCAUGUGCUGAUAAUGCACUCAGGAGAGACAGUGUUGUUCGGCAGCCCUGUUAGACUUUUUUUAACUCUCGUGUAUGUAUCUAACUUAAUGUGUAUGUGUAUAUAGAACUCCGUAGUGGUUUGAUGUGUAUAGACAAUGUAAUUUUGGGGCUUUGAAGGUCUGUAUGCACUGUACAUUUGCAUUAAAUCAAAGUAGAAAUGCAUUCCUCUACACUGCUGUUUGCUUUUCAUUAAAACUGAAGUAAUGUAAA